AUGGCUUCAUCUACUAAGAAGGUUUUGAUUCCGGUUGCUCAUGGUACUGAGCCGUUUGAAGCGGUGGUGAUGAUCGAUGUUCUCCGGCGAGGCGGUACGGAUGUUACGGUGGCUUCCGUCGAGAAUCAGGUCGGAGUUGAUGCUUGCCAUGGAAUCAAGAUAGUCGCCGAUACUCUUCUCUCCGAUGUUACCAACUCCGUUUUCGACCUUAUUAUGCUCCCUGGAGGACUUCCUGGAGGAGAGACUCUUAAGAACUGUAAAAGUUUAGAGAAUAUGGUGAAGAAACAAGACGAAGAUGGACGGCUUAACGCUGCUAUAUGUUGUGCACCGGCGUUAGCGCUUGGUACUUGGGGUCUACUAGACGGUAAACAAGCAACCUGUUAUCCGGCUUUUAUGGAGAAACUAGCAGCCUGUGCGAAAGCGGUUGAGUCGAGAGUGGAAGUAGAUGGGAAGAUAGUGACUAGUAGAGGGCCUGGAACUACAAUGGAAUUCUCUGUCACGCUUGUCGAGCAACUGUUUGGGAAAGAUAAAGCUGUUGAAGUAUCUGGUCCCUUGGUGAUGCGUCCCAAUCCUGGUGAUGAGUACACUAUUACCGAGCUUAACCAAAUGAACUGGCCGUUUGACAAUACUCCAAAGAUUCUUGUACCUAUUGCAGAUGGAUCGGAGGAAAUGGAAGCUGUUGCUAUCAUUGAUGUCCUGAGGCGGGCAAAAGCAAAUGUCGUGGUUGCUGCGCUUGGUACCAGUUUGGAAGUAGUAGCAUCUCGAAAAGUCAAGCUAGUGGCGGAUGUGCUUUUCGAUGAGGCUGAAAAGAGUUCAUACGAUCUGAUUGUGUUGCCUGGUGGUCUCGGUGGUGCUGAAGCAUUUGCAAGUUCGGAGAAGCUAGUGAAUAUGUUAAAGAAGCAAGCGGAAUCAAACAAACCAUAUGGAGCAAUUUGUGCAUCUCCUGCUCUGGUCUUAGAGCCAAAUGGCUUACUCAAGGGUAAGAAGGCGACAGCGUUUCCCGCAAUGUGCAGCAAAUUGUCGGACCAAAGUCACAUUGAUCAUAGAGUCUUAGUAGAUGGCAAUCUCAUAACGAGCAGGGGUCCAGGAACCUCACUGGAGUUUGCACUCGCGAUCGUGGAGAAAUUUUACGGGCGCGAGAAAGGACUUCAGCUUGCUAAAGCAACACUUGUGUAA